GUCUUCUACACAAACAUCUUAAGGCUUAUUUCACAGAGAAACAAGUAUCAAAGAAGAGCAAAGAGUUUAUCAACAACAAUGUAUAUUUUACCGUCUGAAUCAAAACGCCUCUUUUUGGUCCCUAUCUUGGCCGUGAUGGCCAUGCAAUUUCUCUUUGUACGCACUGUUUCGUCAGUGAACAUGACAAAUACAUAUCUACACCACAAAUGCUUUGUCGAUCAAGGGAAAUACGAGCCGGGAAGUAAGUAUGAGGAAAACCUAAACUUUAUCAUCGAACCAAUCCCUGUAACGAGUGAGAGUUUUGAAAGAGGUACCAAAAUGGAAAUGAUCGGUGAAGGUCCUGAUUUAAUAUCCUUCACCCUUCAGUGCCGCGGCGAUAUCAGUGGGCCUAGAUGCCGUUCUUGCUAUGCUACUGCCCUUUCCGCGCUUCACAGAAGAUGUCCGGGAUACAAAGGACGAAUGAUAUGGUACGACCAAUGCAUUCUCGAGAUAUCUACGAUUGAUUCUUUAGAUAAGAUCGACUACAACAACAAUUUAUGUGUGUCGAAUGCAAAAAAAAUGAUGGCCCAUUAUUAUUCCAACUCGGAUUGGCUGGAUCUCAUCCACAAUCUGACAACUAAAGCCAUUCGUCAUGGCAAUUCAAAAGGGAUGUACUACGCAGCGGGGGAGACGAGGCUCGGAAUGGAUAACAUAUAUGCAAUGGUGCAGUGUUCUUUUUACUUGUCGUCAAAGGAUUGCGAGAAGUGUCUCAGACAUAAUAUCAAGCAUUAUCAAGAUUGCUGUUUUAAUAGACAAGGAGCGAGAGUUUUAGGUAAAAGUUGUAGCUUUAGGUAUGAAUUUUACCCUUUCCUUCUUGAGAAGAGCCGUCCUAAAUAUUUGAAAAUUUAGAAAGUAGUUUGAAACAAUGU